GGCCCAGGCGCUGCCGGCAGAGGCCGGAGAUGGCGGCGCCCCCGGCCCCGCGGCCGCCCCGGCCCCGCAAGGAGCCGCAGCCGCUGGUCAUCCCCCGGAGCGCGGCCGAGGAGCAGCGGCUGCGGCUGGAGCGGCUCAUGAAGAACCCGGAUAAGACUGUUCCAAUUCCUGAAAAACUGAAUGAAUGGGCACCACGCCCUCCCCCGGAAUUUGUGAGAGAUGUUAUGGGUUCUAGCGCUGGAGCUGGCAGUGGGGAAUUCCAUGUAUACCGACAUCUUCGUCGGCGAGAGUACCAGCGGCAGGAUUUCAUGGAUGCCAUGGCUGAGAAGCAAAAACUGGAUGAGGAAUACCAGAAGAAACUGGAGAAGAAUAAGAUGAUUGCAGAGGAGCAGACAGCAAAACGCAGAAGGAAGCGACAGAAGUUAAAAGAGAAGAAACUGCUGGCUAAGAAAAGUAAACUUGAGCAAAAGAAGCAGCAAGAAGAGUCUGACCAGUCUCAAGAGCAACAGACCAGUGAGGAAGAAGAUGAGGAUACCAAGGAGGAGGAAGAGAAGGAGGAUGAUGCAGAAGAUCCCAGCUUUGUGAUGGGAAGAUGAUGAUGAUGAUGCAGUGGCAGCUGGAAACAACGUUCAUUACUUUAUGUUCAGGAACACAGAAGCUUUCAUCUCAUAUGCUAAUGGGUUCUGCCCAGCUGUUGUACCUGCUUGACAGUGGAGGUGUGACCUUCACAUCUGAUUCCCAAAGGCUUUUGGUAGAAGGCUGCCAAAUAAGAGUAUUUUCAUAACUGCUUGUAUAACUGCUGUGCAGUCUGCUAUAAGGUUGCUCUAACGAGACGGCUACAAGCCUGCGUUACCCUAGAGUUCUUUCUAGCAUGGCCCAAAGUGUUUUCUGGCUGAGAUCUAAAACAUAUCCAUCAACAUUUGAGGGCAGAUUCUACAUUCAUUGAACUCAAUAGGAAUGGGAUGUAUGACUCUGAGGGCAGAAUUUAGCCUGAAGUAAAGAUUGGUCUGGGCCCAAACUUCCCCACACUGUGAGUGUUUUCAAUUUGGGGUUUUGUAUUGGGCCCGUCUCUAACCCGAAUAAGUCGAUUUCUGUUGCUAGACGGGUGUGAUAGGUAUUUAAACAGAGAAACCCUUUUUUAUUGCUCAGAUGUGCCCUAUUACUUUCUUUUAAAUUUUUCUAUUAAUAAAAAGGGAAUGUCUGA